AUGUACGGGCGGAAAACUCCAACUACAUAUCGCUCAACACCAUCGGUAUAUUCCCACUACACCGGAAGAUCAUCAACAAAUCUUCGUUCAACAAAAUCUGUAAAGUCGUUACGUCUACCUUGGUAUCAAAAACCUAUCUUGCAUGAUGCAUUUGUUCUGGAUUUACAAAGAGGCUCAUUGCUCACUGGCUUUUUGUCGAUUGUUAUAGCUCUGUUUACAUUUGCCCAGAGUGUCUUUGACCUUUACUGCUUGGGUAUGGCAACACCUGGAUCUAUACAUUACGGAUAUUAUAUUUUCAGCUUUCAGUUUGUCUAUGUUGGAAGUGCACCAGUUCGGAAUGUCCUGAUUGUAUUUUCAUUAUUUUCCUGGAUUGGAUCAGUGGCUGUACUUAUAACAAGUAUUCUGCUCAUAAUAGCACUAAGAAAAGAAUAUGAAAAGAAGAUUGUCCCAUGGUUAUACACUUUUGGUGUGUUUAUAUUAUUUCGCACCGUGGCCUUCAUUUUCGCAUCGAUAGUUAAUGACAUGAUAUUUGCUUACAACAUUCUCAUAUGCCUCUGUUGGGUCGUUUUCUGCGUCGCAGGUGUCUAUGGUUGGCUGCUCGUGUACAGCUUGUACUUGGAGUUAUCUGAUUUAACCAAGCUCGAGGACCUAGCCCAUUUACGGAUGGGGACAAUGGCAUCCCUUAAUGCAUCCCUAGCCGGCUCUCGGCCUACAACUCCGCACAGCACAGUCUCAACCAUGCCAGCCUCGCAGAUAUGA